UUUUAUAUGCUUUUUCAGACAUUCAAUUUCUUAAACUUUUUGUAACAUUGUUCAAACUUUAAGUACGGUACUUUAACGAAAUUAUCCGCUUUUGCAAGAAUUAAACCAUACUUUCUGGAAACUUCUAUUAAUCUGAUGCCAUCUUUAUCGUUGUGACGAUUGUCGCAAAACAAAAUGGAUUACGACUCCUCUGGAUAUAAAAGCAAGAAGCGGUCCGAGGUUUACUCAUCCGAUAAUGAAGAUUCAUACUCCACAUAUUCAGAAGAUUUUGAAGACGAUUCAAGGACGUCUAGUUAUGAAGAUAUAAAAAAGGCCAACCGACGCCACCAGCAGCGGAGACAUGUCAAGAAAUUAAGCAUCACAGAUGAUUCUUCUACAACAGUAACCAGUGCGAAAAAAUCCGCACAAAGUGAGCCGAGAAGAAGAACACAGAAAGCGGGGGUUAAACUUGGCUGGAGGUCAAACAGUUUUACUAAAGAUGCAAAACGAAAAUCAGGGACAAAGGAUGUAGUAGCAGCAAGAAUGAUGUCAGCGCGACGCAAUCGUAUAAACGUUCUAAGCAAUGAAAUAAGAGAAGUGCAAUCUAGACUUAAUGAAGUUCUCAAGGAAAAUAAACUACUUAAAACAUUGCAACACAGACAGGAAAAAGCAUUACAUAGAUUUGAAGAUACAGAAAACGACCUUCCAAGAUUAAUAAGCCAACAUUCAGAAGAACAACGUGUGUUAAAAGCUAGACUGAGGAAAAGUCAAGACACUGAAAGAGUUCUGGAGGGUAAACUACGAGACACUAACGAUGAAAUGACAAAAAUGGAGAACACAUUAAAGAGAUUAAAGAAGAUGGUAUACGAUCGUAAACUUGGUGAAAGAUCGGAGUUAGCAAGGCAACUGGCUUCCGCUGAGGACAAACUUUAUGAAGCAGAACGAAAAAAUAAGGAAUUGGAGAAAAAGAUUGAACUAUCCACCAGUAGUUAUAUGAGGCAGAUCAACAGUGAGAGAAGCAAACACAAGGAAACUAAGGACAGAUUGGAUGUUCUACAUGAAGAAUACCAAAUAAUGCAAAAUAAAUUAAAAGAAAAAGAAAGAGCGCUUGAAGUGAGCAACAUCUACGCCUUACGUGUUAAACAAAGUCCUGAAAAAUCAUUUAUUUCCGGAAAAGUAGCCGUUCUGAGCCCUCGGCGCAUUCAGGAUAAACCAGCCCCCCAAAAACAUGACCCCUCACCCUUACCCCUGGUCCCUACUGAAGAAAAAGCAGCCCCACCCCCUAAGCCUCGUACCCCUACCCCACCAACAGUGCAAUCUCGGCCCCCAGUUAGUACAGCAAUGACCAACGCGACGGACUUCCGAAAAACAGUGAGAUCUCCAGAUGGAAAAAGUCCGACACUAAUGGAUAUUAAACAACCGAUAACUCAGGAUAUUUCUAAGGAUUUGGCUGGUGUCAAAAUACCAAGUAAAGAAAGUGACUGGAGAGAUAAAGAAGAUGAAAAUCGUGGAAAGUCAGUGUUUCUCACUGCUAAUUUUGAGUCACCUAUGAUCACACCUAGUAAUACUUUCAUCUCGGAAUCAAGUAACGUUGGGAACACUGCACCCAGUGCUGCGCAAGAAAAUCAAGCCAAUCAAGUGGAAGAUAACAAAACUCAAAACGGACAUACUUUACCAAAUGGUAAUAGUGUUGCUCAGGAAAUAAAGAGAAAAGAAAAACAACUGGAAAUGGAAAAGAAAAAGAUGGAGGAAGAGAGAAAGAAGAAGGCAGCACUUCUUGCUAAAAUCAAAGACGUUGAAGAGAAUGACUCUAUAGGAACACCUACUGGUAAGAAAAACGAGGAUUCAUUACGACAGUUGCUUAGCAACAACAACAGUAACCAAGGAAAUCCAAAGGUUGAGAAUUUGCACCUCGGAAUUCCUUCAACUUUAGAACAAAACAAAAAGCUUGACCCUGAGUUGACCUUCGGUGGUUAUGCUCCAACGAUCGCACCACCCAAGAGGAAACCAGCACGUAGUUUAACACACCAGAAGAAACCAGCUUCACCGUCUGGUUCCGAAUCGGACGAACCAAUGUUGGAUCUGGUGUCUGGGAAAUCUAAGAAGCCAGAAUCUGAUUUGCUCGCAAACUUAUUUCCUGGACAAGCUAAACAAAAACGAAAACCAGAACAGUCGUUCGUACGAGAGUCGUCACAACUGAAGACCACACCUCGAGCAAAACCGGUUCAUUCUGGUUACCCAUGGGAGAAAAAUGUCAUGCCUGCUUCACUGCAAGGUAAUGGCGAUGCAAAACCGUCCAAUCAGAGAGCUGGAAAUAUUUACACGUCACCAAUUGUAAAAGCGGCGCCGAGUAAUGAUGACAUCGAAGAAUUGACAUUAUGAUGUCAUAACCAUGCCUUGUGACAUCACACCAAACAAAAACUGAAAUAUUUUAUUUUCCAAAUAAACAGGAUAAAACUGGCCUGGAAUUUGUAUGAUAAUCAUUAAAAACUAAAAAUAUAGUUAAACUUGUUAAAACUGGUCUGGAUUUUAUAUAAUAAUCGUUAUAAAACUUACAAAAAUAACUCACAAAUUGGCUACCUCAAACUCACUAUGGUACUGUAUUCUUAUUUAAUACUGUUUAUACCUUUAAACCUGAAAACUUUUAUGUAAACAUCAAAAAGUUACUUUUUCUGUUAAUUACAUUUUUUUGUCAAACCUAAUUCCUAUUUUAAAUGGCAUAAUAACUCCUUGAGUAAAAACUAAUCAUUUUUUUGUUUAUUUAUGUUUUUUAAUUCUAUUUCCACUAUUUUUGUAAAAAAUUCUGUUUUAGUGUUAAACUGUGAGACCUGGUUACGAGAUUGCUGAACUUAAGUUUUUCUGUGAUGUAAUAAAUAUAUAUCUACGUUUUCUAGAUUAUAAAGAAAA